CUCUGAUGACUUAUAUUCACCAGCCUGCAGGCGAUGUCAUGUCUGAAAUGAAGUUAACAGAUUCCAUAUUCGGACGACCAUUGGGAAAUGUGAGUAUAGGAAUCUUAUAUAUAAGGAGCAAAAUAUCAUGUAUAAGUAAUUAAAGAAGAUUAAAAGAUAAUGCAUCCCAUUGCGUAUAGAAUUCAAGUAUCCUACAGAUAUAACUGAAAAGCCUGCAUGAAAAAGUCUGAUAAAGGGUGCGACCGAAAAUUAAAACGUAUCUGAAACAGAAACAUGGACAAACCUCAAAAUAUAAAAGAGCGACCAUGAAGAUCAUGUCGUUUUCAGGUUUCCGUUGCAUAUAAUGGUAAUAUUGUCAUAUACUGCUUUUGUAUAGGUGAAAGCAUUUCGAUGAAUCCCUUGUUGAAUGCUAUGAAAUUGAAUUAAAACAACUCCAGAAGGGUAUAUAUAUCAGCUGGAAAUUGUCGGGCAUUAUAGGUCCAGUAAAUGCCCUAAUAAUCGUUGAUGGUUGCGCAGAGAGUACUAUGUGGUUUUCAGAUUGCUCGAUGAGUAUAUUGAGGAUAUACAAAGUCUGCAUGCUGUUUCAAGUUCAAAAACUUCAAAUUGAACUCGCUAGCUCUCUUUUCGGACUUGCGCAAGUUUGGCCAUCUUUGAAAAACUCGCUCGUGCAUGCAUUUUUUCCUAACUUGAACUCAAAACCAUACUAUUACCUCAAAUUGUUUCUUCCAGAGGGUAUCUGAAGAACACGUUUAUCGAGAAAUUAUCAAGCACAUAGAGACGGAAGAGAACGAGUGAGUUGAAUGUGUAUUAUUAUCAUGCAUAGCAGCUAUAUAGUUCAUUUAUACCAUGUGCUCAUCAAAAGGCGAAGUGAAGUCGGAACGUCAGUGCAAAUUUCAGUGUGCACCGAUGCCCAAUUCAAAAAUGAUAUUUUAUGUGGCAUGCAAAAAAAUGAUGUUUAAGCGAUAAAUAAAUGGAUUGUUGUUUGUUCGUCACAUGACAAAACCUUUACAUAAUACGGAACUGCAAUAAUGUCAAUUAAUCUACCCCUCAAGGAGCCAAUGUACUCUUCAGGAAGGGUACGUCGCGCGACUCCCUCGAGGAGUCAUUUUAGCCCAUCGACAUCGUGGGGUCAUACCCUUAUAUAAAACGAUCCUUCCAAGGAGUCAAAACUGCCCUUCAACACAAGGGACCGAAAUUACCCCAAGUAGUCAAAACGACUCCAUUGAAUUUACAUGCAGUGCAUGCUAUAGCGUUUAGGAAAUUCAACAUUUCUGUUCGUGCCGAUCAUUCGUAGUGUUGUAUAACCAGGGAUGUAAAUUGAAACUCUGUUGCUUUCUUUUUAUUUUCGCUUGGAUAAAAAAUUAACAAAGUCUAUUAUCUUUAUAGCACAACUGUCGAACGUAGCUGGGAGCUUAUGUGGCUUAUAACUGGUUUAUACUCCUGCAGGUAAGAUACGGGAAUUGCAUAUCAUUGCGGCCAUAAAAAAGUCCUGCAGUAUGAUUUGAAUUUCUUCAUAUAACCUCCAAAUUAAAUACUUACUUCAUCGUUAAGGUGUUUGUUUAUGACAUUUUUUUCCGCGAAGUGCCUGAAAUGCAUAUUAUGAUAUUGCAAUUACUGCUUGCGUAUCCCCCCCCCCCCCUGCAAUGGCAAAUACAUGCGGCAUAUUAUAUGGUUUUCUGUUUUUGUCUGAUUAUUAUUGAGGAGGUUUCCAGCGGGAUAGUCUAUAUGGCGCGGGUCGCGAGUCAAUAGAAAUAGCGCGGGUGCAGCGAAAAUGGCGCGGGUCCAGUGAAAAUGGCGCGGGUAACAAGUUCCGAGGCGCGAGUAAAAAGUUCCGAGGCGCGGGUAACAAGUUCUGAGAUCAAUUGCCCGAUACUUUAUUAUUCAAGAUGGCGGCUAUUUUGACUAUAAAAAAUUCACGAUGACAGUAUCCGAUAUGGCAACAUAUCGAAAUCACGCGCUUUGAAGCGCGGUGCGCAACAUUUAAACAAUUCUUCGAAUUGUACGCCCAUGAAGCAAAUACGUAUAAAUAAAAAAUUCCGGCAGCGGAGCCUAACAGCACCACGGUCCACGAAAGAGCAGACGGAGAAGAAAGCGCGAAUAUAUUAAACACGUUCUACACGUUCUACUAAAUCGAAACAUUGACUUGGUCUCGAUAACUCAAAACAUUCACAUGGUCUCGAUAAAUCGAAACAUUGACUGAUAUAGUUUCCAUAUAUAAACUGAUCAGAGAUGCCUUUGGUUAAACCAACAUAUUUUCACUGUUAACUGUCGUGCUACUUUUGCAUUAUUUGAUCCUUUUCAGAACAGUGUAUUAAAUGCAUUGUUAAUUUUAGGUAAAUUUGAUUGUUUUAGCAAGAGAAGAAAAUUUGCAUUCUUUUUUUUGCACAAAAGGUGUUUUUAAGCACCAAUUUUUCUGUGUUUUUCAGUUUUGUACAAAUUUGUUUAAAAAUAUGAAAAUUGGCACCAUUUUUGGCUAAAUAGAAUAUUGGACCCUAUAGUAGAACGUGUUAUUAAUUUGAAAGAGAUAUACGACAUGAUGAAAAUGAUGAAGUCAAAAUUAACUUGUCAUUUCAGGAGGGUUUGAAAUCGGAUAACGCCUCUUCGGUAUACGCUCACGCAGAGUUAGCGAAUUGAAUCUAGAGUUAGAUAACGAGGUGCAGGAAAUCACGGAUGCAACUGAUUAUUAAAGCGAGUCGAAAAUCUGGAAAAAGACAAUUCUAUGCUACACUAUACUGACAGUACUAUUGCAUCACUGGUUUGAAAGUGCGCUCAAUUUGUAAUCUAUAGUCUUCUGAUAGAAUUGAAGAAAACUCAGCCGCAAGAAAGUACGACAGCAAUCAUAUCUAUUAAAUCCUGGACGAGCGACAAAUGUCUUCCUCUCCUUGUAUAUAUAGAGUUAACAAAUAUGCGAUUGUAUAGGAUUUCAGUCACAGUAAAACCUGGACCAAGUGGAUAGUUUAAAAAAUCAUGUUUUUAUCUGAUAAAAAAAUAAGCGAAAUUAAAAUAAAUCCAGUCCCAAAAAACACAAAAGACUUGUGUAAAAAUACUAAAACAAUUAUUCGCCUCAGGCUCGGUGAUUAUAUCGGGGAAUCAGAGGGGGAAUAUUCACCUCGACUUCGUCUCGGUGAAUAUUCCCCGAUUAUCACCUCGCCUUCGGCGAAUAAUUGUUAAAUAAUCGGUGUACAGUUUCUCAAACACUGUUUCCUCUUUACUAUGUAUAGUGAUAACAUCAAAGAUGAAGUGAUAAACUUUCUUCGGGCAAGAACGGACAGCAACCUUUUGGCCAAACAAUGUUACAUGAGGCUUGUUAAGAUGAUCACCCAUGGUCGUAGAACAUAUCCACCACAUAUCGCCGAAGUGCAAGCCAUUCAGGUUAACCAUGCAAUAAGAUUUUGAUAACAUGUAAUGCUCUAGGUGUAGUCAGAAAUCUAUAUAAUUCCUUGGGUAUGAUAGAUAUUUAAUACCAUGAGGAAAGGGUAUCAUAUAGAAUUCUGAGUUCAUCCUGCCUAUUUUCAUUGCUCGAAAGACAAUAUAAUUAGAGGACAUGGGUAAUGAGACGUCAUUUUAAUAGCUGACGAAAUAUCCUUAAUCCCAUGCUGUGAUUGGUCAAUCAGAAGCAUGUCAGUAGACCACCAAUUUUCCAACCCUUGUCAUGUAAAACAACUAUUGGUAAUAUUUUAUCUUGUCGGCCCAGUUGUAGAUGCACAGUCAGCACAGAUGACUAUUCCCGGCAACUCUUGGCAUUUUCCUCUUCUUCAAUACUGCGCUAUGUCAUCACUGUGUAUCUACAACUGAACAGAUAAGGACAACCAUGUUGUUAUAGUAUACGAAAGUCGUUAGUUGCACACUAGUUCAACGCAGUAAUAGAAUGCUUUUACAACAGCAAAGGUGUUGACACCGGAAAACAACUUAAAUUUCAACCCAUCCAUGUAAUGCAGUAGUUGUAAUUUCAUGAAUCAUCGUUUGCUUAAUUGUUGCUAUUUUUGGAUUUAUUCAGACACGAAUGGACCUCAUUAAUCACAAAGUUUUCUUUCCUGAUGGAAGUUGCCAGGUAGAUCAUUUUUUGACUUACAUAGCAUUUAUUCCCAAAAUUUGUAUGUACUAUUUAAAUGUCGAGCAGCAGUGUUUUAUUUGAUAUAAAGAUACGAGUCGAAGCAGAGUGUCUUUAGGUCUGAUAAAACACGCAGUGCGAAUGUUGUUUUUUUUAAUUGCUUCAGAAACGAUCGAUCUAGUAAGUUCAUUGGCGGAGUAAUUUUCAAAAAAUACGUUGUGUAAGUCGAGAAAAUCAAAGUUAAAGUUUAUGUAAAUCAAGGGAAUCUCUACUGAUCACAUAUAAAGAUACGACAUGCUUAUGAUUUUUCUUUGUGUUUUUCUCAUGAAUUAUUAAUUAAUGAGUUUUUGAAAUAUAAUAUAUAUACUGUAUAUAGUUAAUUAGGCAACGUAAUAAUUUUAAGGUUAUUUAAAUUAAGGCAAAUGUUAGGACAAAGCGCUACAUUCACGCUUAUCCCAGCGACAGAUUUUUGGAAAACUGCAUAUUUUCAGCGGAUUUCGACCAGGUAGUUUGAAAUCACGCAAGCGCAUGUAUACAUGACGCCAUGAUAAUUAAAUAAAUGACGCCAAAGCAGUGGUCGAAAGGAACUAGUUCCCGCGGACUUUGCUACCAUUGUGGUGUUCGAAAUUAAAAAGUUUGCAGAAAAAUUCAUAUUUCAUUGACAUUUUUAACUAUUCAAAAAUAUAUAAUUUAACAAUUACUCACCGAAGUGAAGGUGAGCAUACACCAUAACAAAACAAAAAUAACCAAAAACAUUAUAUUACAGCUCCCGAAAGACUUGUGAACACAACUUUUAGUAAUUUUAUUCAUUACAAAUAGUAUUAAAGAAUACCUUCAUAUACACACUGUUAAAUAAAACUUUGAGGCUUUCUUUGUGCUUGGCGGAACUGCAGCUUCGAUCUUCUUGAAAAAAAUUGCUUGUCUGUGACAGGAACAAAACUGGAAGACAUUUAAUUUUCUUCCGGAGGUAAAUAGCGCAAGAAUAUCCAGAGCUCACGAGCAACCAAUCAAAUUGCGCGAAAAGUACUAUCGAUCCACUUAUGCUAAGCAACUAAGCAAUUAUAUAUUUAUGCUUCAGUCAUUUGAAGUUGAAUCAGCGACAACUGCUCGUCAUCUGAUAUCAGUGAUCACAGAAAAUAUUGGUUUGAAAUAUCCAAGUGGUUGUGGACUCUUCUUCAAGAUAGGAGACAAAGGUACAAUAAAAAUAUGCCCUUCCGGAGUGCUCAACCUUGGCUAUAUACAGCCUCGUUUUCGUGAUUCAGAUAUUGGGUUUAGAACACUUUAUCUUAUUAUACAGGUGACCUUUUUAUAUAAUUUUGUAAUCAUCAUGCAUCAAAAAGAUAAAGGGCUCUUAUAUGCCAAGGUCUCAAACGGAGUUUUACAGCCACGGUUAUGUACUUUCCAUAAGGAUGUAUUACUAUUACGCUUCAAAACAACUGACCUUAUCAAAAUUGUAGUCACACUUGUAGUAGAUUCUGAAUCCUGCAUGAGGAACAUUUUAGUGAUUGACCGAUUGUGCCACAAUCGGAAAUUACCGAUUAUUCAUGCCACAAUUUACCCGAUGCUGAUUUUAUAUUGACGUCAUAGCAUCAGUCGACCUAGUAAAGGUGACGUUAUUCAUGUCAAUUUUUUAACGAUAAUUUCCAACGUAACAUGUUACUACAACCAAAGAUCGUUAGAACAGUCCAUAAAUGGCACGCUUCGCGCAUUAAUAAACAUAUAUUGCGUUAAACCGCUGAACGUGCAUGACCGUGCAACGUCAACCACUAUAGAACAUUAGCUUUAGCAAGAAGACUGAGGAACAUCUAGUUUCAAUUUUUCACACAUGCGCAUGCACACGUUACAUGAGCGAAUCUUAAGGAAUCAUGACAUCAGCACAUCUCUCACUACAGUUGUCAAAAUAAACCGUAUUGAUGUUUGCGUAUCAUGGGAAUAAUUGUUUGUGUUAAAUUAAGUCAACGAUUUACAUACGAUUUUCUCUUAAGCGAAAAAUGGUGACUCGUUUGAGAAGUUAAGGUCCAGACACAUCGGACGCGAUUCGACAACGCGACGCGAUUUUCGAUUUUCACUGACCGAUAACUUUGAUCCUAGUUUGAAUUUUCCAAAUAUUUAGAAGCGCUAUGCCUAUAUAACAUUUUCAGUUAUUUGGUCUACAUAUCUUUCAAAAUUUGCUCUCAUUGUCUGUUUUAUUAACUUUCAAAAACUGAAAAAUCGCGUUGCGUUGUCGAAUCUCGUCCGGUGUGUCUGGACCUUAAGACAGCAACAUAAUAUACAUGGCGAUUUGGUCUUAAAAAUUAAGUAUUUAUCCGCGUUUGACGUCAUUAUGAAAGAGGUCUAUUAAAUAUACUAUGGUUUAGAAAAAAUUUAAAACAACUAGGAAAUUUAAGAAAUAUAUUAAGUUAUUUUUAUGUAACCAAAAAAAUCUUAACCAGAGUGCUUCAAGAGUGCAUAUUAUAAUAAUAAAAAACUCCGCUUCGGUCGCUUUCAAAGACCUCUUGCAUGGACUGGGCUGUUUGGAUAUCCUGAAUGAAGAAACAUCUUCCACUGCUUGUUAAAUUCAUAAUGUGUAUAUGAUCAUUCAGUAAUAUUGUAUAAGAUAAGAAGAUGUGUAGGGGUACGAGACAAAAAAGGGAGAACAGAUGAAAUUCGGGGCAAAUAUAUACUGAGAAAAAUCAAUAAAAUUGGGGAAUGUUCACAUCAUUCAUGAAAUGUGUUAUAAGUUCGGGUCAUUUUGUUGAACAUUUGUCAGCAUUUUUAUGGGGAAUUGUAAAUGACCCCUAAAUGAAAGAAGGCCAAUAAAAUUUUGACGGUAUAAAUUUGAAUAUCUGAUAUUUUAUUACAGUAAAAGAUUGGAAAGAUAAAAAUGAAUUUUAUGCCAUUAAUACUGAGUGUUCUUUGUAGUGUUUGGAGCUGCUGAAGAGUAUUUCUUUUUUGAUUUCAUCCAACAUUUUAUUGAAGUUUGGAGAAGAAGUGAAGGAGGUUGGUAUAUUGAGUAUUGUUUUCUAAUUUUGUCAACAAAAUGAAGAAAGGUUCGAGCCUUAUUUACAAAUUUUUACAUUUUGAAUCCUAUUUUCCAUAUAUUGUUCUAUACUAAAGCUACAAACUUAGUGACAGUUUAAAAACAUGAAAAUUUACUUACACAUUUCGUAGAAAUUAGAAAAAUACUCACCCAUUUCUGAGGAAAAAGGACUCUCAAGAACUCGAAACGGAAUGCUUUUAAAUUAUUUAUGCCCAAAGAAGAUAAUUGUUUAUACUGUUGCAUGUAGAUGUUGCCUACUGCCAUAAUCUUCUUUUCUCACGCAUGGAAGUGCCGUGAACGAAAUUUUCUUCCACACACUGGGUUGUUCUACUUUUUCUUGCCAUAAUAAAGUUUAAAAUGAAAACGAAAAACUGUGAAGUGUGACACGCGUACGAAAUCUUAAGACGUUAUCUAUCCAAAUAUAGUGUUUACCGUGAAUUCACUCAUAUAUAGCACUAGAAAACAUGAUGAUUUGCAAAAAUAUGUAAUUACAUAUUCUAAUUUUCGCUUGUAGGUGAUGGAAUAGCAAUAAAUUACCAAGUAUUUUUCCUGAGGAAGGUUUGGAUAAAUGUUAUUCCUGGGGAAGAUCGUGUUGCGGACUGUCGUUUACACUAUUAUCAGGUAAUAACUUAUUAAUCCUUAAUCCUAAGUAAAGAAUAGACAAUGAUCAGACACGUGUGUGGGGGGAUUAAAACUCCCGAUAUAUAUUUAGUCCGACAGCCACGAGGACCGAAAGCCGGCUAACUAAUUCGUGGGAACCUAUAUCCCGCUGAACACAAGUGAUCAUUGAGUAUCCGACUUAGAACGUGAUCACAUCCAUGAAAAAUUAUUUCUUUCUUUAUAUUUUGGAAAUUAUUUUUUAUUAAUAUAUGUUUAUGUGGGGGAGGGGGAGGAAAAAGUUUUCGGACAUACCUUUUUUCACUAAUUUUUGAACUAAUGUACCGAAAUUUGUACAAUUUUUCAGUAAUAUUUUCGUAAAUUUAUCAAAACUUUCCCUACAACUAUUACUUUUCAAUAAAUUAUGUAAAAUUGUUUGCUCAAUUACAUAUUUUUUGCCCGACGAGCGUGUCGUUAAAAUUGUUCAACUUGCCCGACAAAACUGCAAUAUUACAAUAUUGGGUGUGUCUCCCCCCACCCCCCUGUAGUCACGGCCCUGAGUGUAUGAGUUACAUGGGAUCGAGUUUUACUAGCUCCAAAAACACCCAGGUUAAUUUUUUCCUGUUUAACUUUGAAAUAAUCUUACUUAGGCACCGAUUAACUUAAUAAUAUUCCUCGUUACAAUAAAUGUCCUGGUUACUUUAAUUAAUUAUCCACCUAACAUAGCUUGGUUAUUAGUUCAACCAGAACAUCCUGGUCAAAUAAUGCUGAACCAGGAAAGUAACUAGAACUAAAUAUUAAGUCAACCCAAAUAGUGUUUUUUUAGAAUGUAGAGAGUCUGGAGAUAUAUUGUAAAAACAAAAUAUUCCGUACUCAUCGUUUUCCUCUCGCGUGUACUCGCUAUAUACUGUCAACUUUCUCUCUCUAUAGACUUAGUUGGCUAGUCCUUCGUGACUACUCCUUUAGUUGGCUGUUUACCUAAUUUGUUAUAUUUAUCUUGUGUUCUUUUCUUAUUAUUUUUGUCAUUGGUAAUAAACUCUUCUAAAAUCUUGAAAUCUUCUACUGUAUUAUACUGUACUUUUACUUUUGAUGUUCGGUUUUUUGCUAUAAAAACCCAAAGUAAGAACACUCAAAUUUUUUUUGUUUUUGUAUUCAAUAUAGGAACUGUCAAAAUAUUUGCGAGGAUACCACAGAUGUACUGAAAUGGAAAGUAUUCUCCUUGCGACAUUGAUAUUGAGAGCGGAGUUUGGUGAAGACACUGAGCAUUUGUCUGAAAUUCCGUAAGUGUGAAAAGACUUAUUAUAAAAUACCGUAGGGAGUUGCAGCGCGGUCAGCCAAACAUUAGGGAAGUGAGGCGAGGAUUUCUCGCAUACGUGGCCUGCAAAAUGUUUGGCCGCCGGAGCUUCAACCCCCAAACCCCCAUAAAAACUGACAGCUACGCAGGCUGUACAUACAGUACUAAAUAGAAUCAUUCAGUAAUCAUUAUGUAUACAUUAUGUUUAGAUCAAUCAAUAAAAGAAUAUUUCAAUUUGCAUUACAUGCAUGCAUGCAUUCAAAAUUAUCCGUCUGUAUUCUGAAAGCACACUCGGAGAGUAGUUCAACUGAGGCAAUUGCGUACUCAAGAGUGAAUACAUUGAAUUCGAUUAAUGGCAUUUGCUGCGAAGACUAAACUUGGUGACUUCCCUUCUGUUGUGGAUAUAACUGACUUUACAUAUAUGCUAUGAUUCUAAAACAUGCGAAUCCACUGAAAACGGUAAUAACAAGUGCUACUAAGACAAGUCGCACUCGUGCAACCUCUAUGGAUACAAAUCAACAAGAUUUUUCAGAGAAUGAGUGCUUCAGACUCCAAUUCACACUCGGCACUUCAAUCCCAUAUACGGGUGAGCGUGAAUGAUCUUUUUGAAUACAGGCGUCAGCCUUGCGGACUAAAACCUUGACCAGAUACCUAAUCUUUAUACAUGCAUGUUUACAGAGACAUAUACACCAAUCUUUAUUUUCAUGCAUGUUUACAGUGACAUGCUGAACAAGUUGGUGCCUCACGAAAUGAUCUCACUUAAGUCAGUGGACGAAUGGCAACAGGUAUUUAAUAUGAAUAUGUACUUUCAAAUGUGGUCAGUGUGCGACCCCUGCAAAAUUGUAUGGUAUAGAAUACGAAAUGGAACAAGCCGACGAAGAUGAUGUUAUUACUGGGUUAAUUUUAAAUUGUUAUCACUUUUCAUUACAGGUCAUUGAAAAAGCUUUGUCUGAAAACGUCACUAGUUUCGGCGACGAUGCAAAGAUCGAGUUUCUAAAAGAAAUUUCCCAACGCCCAACUUUCGGGACAGCAUUCUUUAGUGUCAAGGUACUUAUAAAUUGCAUUGUUAAAUUGUUUUAUUAUCGUAUUGCCCAUCCACUAUAUGUUCUGUGGGAGGGGCAAAAAUUAUACAUAGACCAUAGUCUCUGGAAAAGUGCAUGCAUUCUGGAUAUUCUUAAUUGCAUGACAUUCCGUUCAUAUACGACUUAUGUCACCGAAUUCAACAUAUGAUCUUGUGAUCGUUAGAUGUUAUUGACCGAUUAAACGAAACAAUCGAGUUUCGUAACAUGAUCAGCAAAGUCCAAACUUGUAAAUACAGACUUUAAAGGGGCCCUACAGUAAUUUUUUAGUCGAAAAGCCACCUUAAGUAGGGGACUCCACGGAGAUUCGUUUGGCUGUAUCUUGCAUGCAGUAUCCAUGCAUGAGUAUGAGUAUUUCCGCACACCGGAAGACGCAUGCAUGCUGUGGUGCGCAUGUCAAGUAGCGACAAUAAAAAAAAAUAUAAACAAUACUUACUUGACUAAAAAUGACUGUAGGGCCCCUUUAAUUGCAGUUUCAGCCGUCCAAAAACCUUUUUAUCAAGUCAUUGUGAAAAUGACGGCUAUAGAAGUAUAGCUGAAUGGUAGUCACAUUUUAAACUGACUGCCAUUGUGUUGUACGUGAUUCUGAGGUUACUAAUGAUAAAAAUAGAAAUUGCAUGCAAUUUCACCGAAUUUACUUAUCAUAUUUAUGUUUAGACUAACUUGUUUGGCGAACAACCGGAAACGCUUCUUCUUGCAAUUCAAAAGGAUGGUUUGGCUCUUAUUAAUGCAGCUGACAAGGUGAUGGCAGCAAUAUUGAUUGAACGAAUUAUAUAACAUAUAUACUGGCCAUUGCGCAGCUUUUAAUUUGAAAGCAGCAAUGUGUAUACGAAACUGUACAAUAUAAAAUUAUGGCAUUUAAAAAUUAUUUUGUUUCUGGUAAGUGUUCUAGCAUUCAUGUCAACGGGUGAACAUUUAACCGACUUUCCUGACUGCUCAGAUUUCUCAUUGGCUUAGUACGCAUCUGAAUCUCCAUAAUAUAUUUUUUGUAAUAGCACUCACCUCUAACUUCAACUAAUCCUGCAAAUUUGGUGGUAUAGUUUAAUAUACAAAACGCAUACUAAUAUAUCACUAGCUAUACUUCAUAGAAAAAACAGUCCUCCUUAACUCUUAAUUAACGCAAAACAUAGGGAAAAAGAAUUUCUAAUGGGGUAAACGAACUGCCCCCAAACAACCCAAAGCAGAAUAAUUUUGCUGUAUAUAUAAUAUUGCGAUAGUUGCCUUAGUUUCUGGUUCUUCACAGUAAUUUAUAUGCUUUGCAGACUGUUAUUGAAAGGUACAAUUUUAGUGAAGUUGAGAAGUGGACAAGUGGCGAGAAAAAAAUCAUGAUCGAAGUGAAAGUAAACGAAGAAAGAAAAAAAUUGGAAUUUGAAACAAGUUUGGUAUGAAAUUUCUUUUUAAGAAUUCCAUCAUCUUGAACGUCUUCACAUUUUGCAAGCCAUAUGAACUUAUCAGAUUUCUGUACACUUGUCAAAAUAAUGCUCUCACAAAAAUGCUGGAAGAGCAAAAAGUGUCAGAUAGGCUUCCUCCAAGAGAUAUCAAUUCGUACAACAGUGUCUCCGCAAGCCACAGGGAGUUAUUUACUAUAAUCCUGGCCGACUAAUUUUUGUGGAAAGCGCGCGUGUAUGUAUUUUCAAAGUGUUUGUCUACAGGAGGAUAUGCAGUGCUUCAAAUCUAUUUCAGAAUUGAAACAUUGUAAACGCUGAUUUUUAACCAGUUUUUCUGUCUAUAUAUGGAUCUAUAAUGUAUAGGGGUUAAAAAUUACUGAGCUAGAGGGGACUCGAGGACCGUCUAGAGGGGACUCGAGGACUGCAUACCCUCACCAGCGAAUUAAAUUAUGUACGAUACAUGAAUUAUACAAUGGUUAAUUAUGCAUUCAGUUUACUCUACCAGGCAAGGCAAGAAAAAUUUUGCUAAUUUCUCAUCCAAUUUUCAUUCGAAUUUAACCAACAUUUGAGCAAUUUCUCCAUGAACAAUGUCUAUUAGACCCACAAAUUUUUGUAUUAAAUUAAUACGUUUAACACAUAUAAGACUAAAGUUACGAUCUACUUUUUGAUCGUGCUCUUUAAUCUAUUUUUACGUCGCCGUUUUGAAUACUGUUUCAUCAAUUAUUACCGUGUUAUUUUAAAUUCAGAAAAUUUUAUCGCGAUCAAAAAGUAAACCGACGUUAUUCUCGUGAGCGCUCUUUUGUUCGUCAUAUAUUUUUUAAUAAAUCAUAUAUUUUUCAAUGAUUUUUGUGUCUUAGUGCAAGUAAUAUUGUAUUGAGUAUCGGAAGAUUAAUUUUUUUAUUAUUUAACUUUUUUUAUUAGGAUUAUCAAAUUGACGAUUUCCUUACAAGUUACAUAUCAGCGCAUGGUUCAGAAAAUCGCGAGGUGUCGGAUGAUAUAUAAUGCACUUGCAUAACAUCGCCCUGUUCCUGAGAUUGCAAGCCCAAUAAUAUACUUAUGCAAUAUUUGUAAUGAUGCAUUUACAGCACUAAUAUACCCAUAAUAAUUAUCCAUUAAUGCAUGCAGCGCUAACAAGUUAGGCCCGAUUCUGGCACCGAUCCAGUUAUGCGGAUUUAGAAGCCGUAUAGUUUACCUUAUUUAAUUGAAACCUGCAUGCAUAGCAAUUUAUUGCUAUACUUCCAGCCACCUUCGUGGUGCAAAACCUUGCAAAUGAUGUAAAUUCACUAUAUUGCAUGCAAGUGCAGUUCAGUCGAACAGUUCUCACGAAGAACUCGGAAGGUGUCGUGAUGUCCGCGACGACGCCCAAGCAUGUCGAUGAUGAUACCACAGAAUGGAGAUCUUACAGAAGGCCGACUUCUUGGUUUUGUCUAUGAUUUUGGCGUAACCGUUUCAAUGCUGUCGCCAUGUUUCUAGUCAGUGCGCGAAUGAGAGACAUUCAACCCGCUCCCCUCAAAAUAUUCAAAAUUGCGGGCGUUCAGGGGGUGAAUAGGGAGGUUAGCAAAGACGACGCCGACGUCAAAGACGACGCGAAAAUGGCGUGAUGUGCCCAUUUAUGGAUGUGCCACGUCGUCUUUGGCAUUGCGUCGUCUUUGCUUAACCUCCCUAAUGCCUCUCGUAAGUACACUGGCCAGCUAGGGACACGGCGAGUGCAUUUUGUCGACGAAUCAAUGCCAAUCAUGGCGUAGCGGCGCCGGAAUUCGAACGUGUCGAAGGCCGAGUUGGCUUUCUGUAUGGUUUCCAUUCUGUGAUGCUACCGACCAUCAAAGAUGCUACCGAUCGUCUACGAUUUCUAAAUCCUCUGCGACGCUGGAGCAAUGAAAGAACGGCGUACAAAAUAAUUAUAAUGUUAUUGACGAGAAUGUGGUGCCUUUGCACCAGCUUCUAAUUUUUGAAUAAAAUUGAAAACAAAUAAGUAUACUAAAUACUAUAAGAUGGUUUAUCUAAUCAUCACCAAAAAUUUGAGUUACAUUUGGAACAUGUCUAGAACGGGCUAAGCUUAUUAAAUUAAUCUUAAAAUGAAAUACAUAUACCAAUUAACAUAUUUACUGCAGUAUAUUUCCAAUCUUCAAUUCCAAAUUAGUUGUAUCAUGCACUGUAAUGCUUGAUGAAUUAUUUAUUAGUCUAGAACUUAUAUGUAUGAGUUAAUUUGUAUGCGUAUGAUGAACUCAGCAGUUUUGUAUCACGUUAAAAAACAACUACAUUUACGAAUAGCAUGCUGUGUCAUUAAUCCAGGCCAUGCCAAACAUGAAUCCCGGCGAAAUUAAUGUCGGGAAAUUAAUGCUACUUCAGAGUGCCGCCAUCAUGAAUAUAAGGAAAAAAUACCACUACUGGUUUGCUGAUCAUCAGGGAAUGUGCAAAUUUCCAACGAAUCUAAAAUCCACCAUUUAAUUUAGCUAUACAUUUUCUCACCUGUAGAAUCAGUAAGAACGAAUAAUUAAUUAAAAAUUUACCACUUAUACUUACAUAAUUAUCAAUUAAUUUUCUUUUCGUAGCAAAUAUA